CCCAUCCCUGGGUGAUUCCCCCAGGACAAUCCCGGGCUGUGCUCCAUGGACAAGUGCCCCAGCGUGAGCAGCAGUGACAGUUCCCUGGCUGGCAUCUGCCUCAGCGAGUCUGAGAAGGCAGCGGUGCUCACGCUCAUCAGAGAGGAGAUCAUCACCAAGGAGAUCGAGUCCAACGAGUGGAAGAAGAAAUAUGAGGAGAGCCGGCAGGAGGUGCUGGAGAUGAGGAAAAUCGUGGCUGAGUAUGAGAAGACCAUUGCCCAGAUGAUAGAGGAUGAGCAGAGGACCAACAUGACAUCUCAGAAGAACCUGCAGCAGCUCACCAUGGAGAAGGACCAGGCUCUGGCAGACCUGAACUCGGUGGAGAGGUCCCUGUCGGAUCUGUUCAGGAGAUAUGAAAACCUGAAGGGCGUCCUGGAGGGAUUUAAGAAGAAUGAAGAAGCUCUGAAGAAAUGUGCUCAAGAUUACCUGACCCGUGUCAAGCAGGAGGAGCAGCGCUAUCAGGCCCUGAAAGUCCACGCAGAAGAAAAAUUAGACAAGUAAGGUCAUGCAUGAGAUUGCUGGGUGCU